AUGCCGCAGCUUUUCCUUGGCUUCUCCGUGCUCAUCGUCGGCGACGACGACGACGGACCUACAGCGGGCGGCGACGAUGCGCCGGAGAGGCGGGACGCAGCGCCGAAGAAGCGCCUCACCUGCGAUGCCGACGCUGUCACUUCACACGUGGUAGUCCGCCCUAGGGUUGGGGUCUGCUACCAGACUUCUACCCGGACCGCGGCCGGAAGCGGCAAGAGCACGGCGGUCGACGGGGCAGACAGCGAGGACGGGAGUCGGGCAGAGAAGAGGACGAGCCUUAUUAUACUAGCGUAG